ACACAGAGUCAUCUUGUUCUUCAAGUUCCUACAUAAACCCUAGAUGUUCUGUUCUGGGUUUUGAUAUUUACUUGAAUCCAAAUGAGGGUUUCAUUAGGGGCAGUGAUUGGAAGAUACCCUUUUCCUUCUUCAACCAAUGAUGGCCAAAAUCAAAAUCUUGAAACGGAUGACGUCAUCAGGCAUGGUAGAAAAUGCAGAGACUUGCCUUUUCUUGUCUUCUUCAUUGUAUUCUGGAUUGCUUUGAUUGUUAACUCCAGUUUUGGGUUCUACAAGGGUAACCCUUUGAGGCUCACUCAUGGUUUGGAUUACAAAGGGAAUGUGUGUGGUGACAAGCAUGGAAGUCCCAAUCUUCAUGGGUUGGGAGUGAGAUAUUGGGUAAACCCUAAUCAAGUAUUUGAAAGUGGCUUCAAGGAUAGUCAUGCCGACUUAGAAGAUUUUAAAAGCAUAUGUUUGAAGGAUUGUCCGAUGCCAUCCGAAGAUACUCUCAAGUGGGUUUGUAAUUAUCCUGAAGGGGAUGAUAUUCGCCUUUCGAUGGAUCAGUGGGUGAGUCGGGAUUAUGAUUAUUUCUCUUUCUUAACACCCGAGAUGAGAAAAUCUUCCCUACAACUUCUUGGUCCAUGCUAUCCCGUCCUUUUCCCGAGUGUAAACGUUUUGUGGAGUUGCGAAUUCAUGGAACGCAAAUCAAAUGUAUCUCUUCAACAAUGGCACCAGAUGGGUGGACAAACCGUUGAUGACGGAAUGAAAUUAGAUAAAACGGUUCAUAAGUCCAUAAACUCCGGAUCAUCUGUCUUAAAGCGUUAUGCGGCCGAUAUCGGGAAAGCAUGGCCCGUCUUGAUUGUUUGCGGAGGAAUCAUACCGCUAAUUUUAUCAGUGAUAUGGCUAGCCAUGAUUCAACGUCUUGUUGCUGCAAUGACUUGGAUAACGGUCGUCCUUUUCGAUAUUCUCAUUAUUUCCGUCACCAUGUUCUUCUAUUUGAAAGCUGGAUGGAUCGGAAAUGAUGCCAUCUCCCCAAUCAUCGGCAAGCACGAUCCGUAUUAUCACUUAUCCGGGCGAGAACGAGGCCAUCUUCAUUUUGUUGCAGCUCUUAUGACAAUCGUUAUGGCGGUAGCCGUCCUCUCAUCCAUCGCCAUUGCACGACGGAUCGUUAUGGGAACCGCCGUCCUCAAGGUUGCAUCGAAAAUUAUAGGAGAAGUAAGGGCGUUAAUUAUUUUCCCGAUUAUGCCGUAUGCUCUUCUCGCCAUCUUUUAUAUGAUUUGGAUAUCCGCUACCCUUUACCUCCUUAGCUCGGGCCAGGUUAUUCGAGAUAGAUGCAACGCCAAUUGUUGUGCUUACGAUCUUCGCUUGAAACAAGUGAAUUGUGAGCGGUGUUGUGGGCAUACCAUCCACUACACUCCUCAUAUCGGGCUUGCGAUCGCGUUUCACCUCUUCGGGUGGUAUUGGGUCACACAAUUCGUCAAAGCUUUUUCUUCUACCGUUAUUGCGGGAUCAGUUGCUUCUUAUUAUUGGGCUCACGGCGAAGUUCUUCAAGAAAUUUCGUUUCUUCCAAUAUUCUCUUCGGUAAAGAGGCUUGUGCGGUAUAAUAUUGGGUCGGUGGCUGCGGGCUCUCUUAUAGUCUCGUUCGUCGAGUCCUCGGGCCGGAUACUAAAGCCACUUCGCCGGAAACUGAUGGAUGUUGACGUUAGUACUCAUAACCGGCUCGGAAAAGCUUUGUCCGUUUCUUCCCAUUAUGCCCUUACGUUUAUCGAGUGGGUCAUCCGAUCCGUGAACCACAAUGCUUACAUUAUGAUUGCCAUCACGGGUGAAAGCUUUUUUGCGGCUUCGGCAAUGGCGACAGAGCUGAUUAGGAACAAUAUUCUACGAAUCGGGAAAGUGAAUGUGAUCGGAAACGUUAUUCUUUUCCUCGGGAAGUUAUGUGUUAGUCUGGCGAGUGCUUUGUUCGCAUUCCUCAUGUUGGAUACUCACGCGUAUAAAUCCGCACACAAUAAGGUCUCGUCACCGUUGAUCCCGGUGCUCGUAUGUUGGGGUCUCGGUUUUGUGGUGGCGACCCUAUUUUUCGCGGUGGUAGAGGUGUCGAUAGACACCAUCCUACUUUCAUAUUGUCAAGAUUCCGAGGGGCAUCGAGGGACUACGCAAUACGCUGCGCCUCUUCUCCUAGAAACCUUAGAUGAUCAAAAUGAACAUGAUCAAUAGCACCAAGUAGUCUUGAGUUUUCUUGCUAUCGAAUUUUGAUGUACAACAUUUAAA